AUGCCGAUUCGAGUAGGAAUCAUUGGGCUUUCUUCGUCUGGAGGCUGGGCUUCAAUCGCCCAUCUUCCUUAUUUACGCGAUUCGACAAAAUAUGAGAUUACCGGCUUGUAUAACUCGUCCAUCGAGCGCAGCCAUGAUGCUAUCAGCAAGUAUAAGCUCGACUCAGCCCGCCCGUUUGACUCGAUUCAAAAGCUCUGUGCCUCGGAUACUGUGGACCUCGUAGUCUGCGCAGUUGCCGUUUUUUCCCACUAUGAAAUCGCCAAGCCGGCCAUCGAGGCGGGCAAAGACGUUUAUGUCGAAUGGCCUCUGGGUGUGUCUACUGCGCAGGCGCAUGAGCUUACGCAGCUAGCAAAAGACAAGGGUGUCCGGACUAUAGUCAAAUUACAGGGAGCGGUUUCUCACCUACAGACGACAUUGAAGCGCGUCAUCGAUACAGGCUCCAUCGGGAAGCCUUUGGUAACGCAGAUCCUCGGCAGCGCCUGUACCGGGGAGACUGGCGUCAAGAUCGACAAACGAUACGGCUAUUUCAAGGAUCGUGACAUCGAUGGUGUUGAUGGGCAAGUAAUGCUGUCCAUCUACGUGGGUCAUACUUUCGAACCCCUGGCCAAGCUACUGGGGGAGCCGGUAUCAGUGUCGGCGCAGCUGCGGACCACAUGGCCUACGGUAGAUGUCCUCGACGGGGACAAGGUCAUUCAAUCUCAGGUCGAAAAAACGGCGGACGAUUACGCCUCACUUCAGGGAACGACCAAGUCAGGCGUAACUUACACAUAUACUCUCCGUGGUGGCGAUGCGUUUGACGAAGGAGGGGGAUUGAUCUGGGACAUUAUCGGCGACAAGGGCCAGCUACGGAUCACGGGAAGUACAAUCAUGUCCAAUAUGGGUGCCGAAGAUUAUAAAGUGAGGCUCAAAGAGUACGCCACUGGACGGAUUGAGGAGGUUUCUCUUGACAGGCCACUGGAUCUGCCACUCACCUCGCAGAAUGUCGGCCGUAUAUAUGAGAACUUUGCAAGUGGAAGAGCAUACCCAACUUUCGACGAUGCCGUGCAGAGGCAUCAGUACCUGGAUGCAAUGUUUAAGUCCGCCUCCAAAGGUGGUGUCCAAGUUACGAUCUAG